UAUCUCAUAUCAUCAGCCCUCUCUCUGUCUCUCGGAAACAUGUAUCCAUCUAACGCAGGUAAUUACACGGCAGCAGAACCACCCAAGUUCUCAUCAUCUCCUAUGGCCACGGCAUCAUUGUCGGCUCCUCAGUUCAGUCAACCCACACCCAUCGGCGUCCCGAUGGAUAUGCCGCCACCGGCCUUUCCAACUCAAACUCAACGGCAGGUCCCUUGGUCCACCGGCCUCUGCGACUGCUGUGACGACGUUCCGCUUUGUUGCAUUACUUGUUGGUGCCCAUGCAUUACGUUCGCUCAGAUAUCUGAGAUCAUUGAUAAAGGAACAUCGUCCUGUGGAAUGAACGGAGCAAUCUACACCAUCAUCGCUUACUUCACCGGCUGUGCUUGCCUCUACUCCUGCUUCUAUCGGACGAAGCUGAGGCACCAAUACUCCUUACAGGAGAGCCCGUGUGGUGAUUGCUUCGUCCAUUUCUGUUGCGAGUCGUGUGCCUUGUGUCAAGAAUACAGAGAGCUCAAAUCUCGUGGUUUCAACAUGGCCAUAGGAUGGCAUGCUAACGUGGAACAACAAAACCAUGGAGUAGCGAUGGCUCCAGUUGUGCAAGGAAGCAUGACUCGAUAGAGUGGAAGGAUCUACUUAAUUAUUAUGGUGCUACUAUUCCUCCGUAUCUA